AUGGGGCUUUCUCAGGCAAGCUCAUUCAGGCGGUGCCGUGGCACCAUCGCAGCCGCGAGACAGCCGCCGCAUCACGACUCGCCGUUUGAGAACGGGCACCGGUGUGGAGAACAGCAGCAGCAGCAGCAGCAGCAGCAGCAGCAGCAGCAACAGCAGCAAUCCAUCACGUUUUACAUGACUUCUGCGCACGAGGGACGUGCGCUUUUUGCUGAUGGGGGGGCAGAUGUAACAUGA